CGCCGCGGGAACCGGAGCCGGAGCCGCUAUGGAGCGCGGCGGUCCAGCCGGCAGCCCUCGCAGCACCGAGCCCGCCCCGUCCACCGCCGCCCGCGAGUCGAGCCCGGCACGAACCGGGGCCGGGCAGACGGGCUCCUGCGGGGUGGCGGCGCGCUCCGGGGGUGGCCGUCCUGCCGCCGCGAACGCCGCACGGGAGCGCAGCCGCGUGCAGACCCUGCGGCACGCCUUCCUGGAGCUGCAGCGCACACUGCCGUCGGUGCCGCCCGACACCAAGCUGUCCAAGCUGGACGUGCUGCUGCUGGCCACCACCUACAUCGCCCACCUCACCCGCAGCCUGCAGGACGACACCGAGGCGCCGGGAGACCCCGGUCUGGGCGCCUUGAGAGGCGACGGCUAUCUGCACCCAGUUAAGAAGUGGCCCAUGCGAUCAAGACUGUACAUUGGCGCCACGGGUCAAUUCCUGAAGCACCCUGUCUCUGGAGAAAAGGCAAAUCAUAGCAACACUCCUACUGCCUCACAGCCAUAGGCUGUCUCCUGGAGGGCCUGGCAGAGUGGUGGCUGCUGUUUUUAAAGACUGUGAAAUAAUUGUGUAUUUAUUAUAUUGGACGUAACAAACUGUUUCUGAAGUUUACAUUGAAACCUGUAGUUGAAUGUCAAAAUGUAUCUGUCUGAAUAAAUGUGGAAUGGAAUAAUCAGCCCUGUAUACAAAUAUAUAGCUAAUUUAGCCAUUGUGUCAUUGCUACAUAGUAAAGAGAAACUAUUAGAAGAAACGAAAGACAUACAAAGGCAUAUAGUUAUAUGAACCAAAAGAAUGCACACAUUUCCUUCCUCAUUUUCUGUAGUCUAUUACAAACUUAAAAGCUGAUAUGAAUACAGCCUUUCUAGUUUUAAGAAAUAAAAUAUGUGAUGCUGUGUGUCUAUAAUUCCAGCACUACAAGACACUGAGGCGGAUCUCCGUGAGUUCAAGCUCAGCCUUCUCUACAUAGAGUUUGAGACCAGGUUACACAGUGAGACCUUGUUUCAAAAAAUAAAUCAAAUGUGUUUAUACUAGUAUUUUUGUGAAAGCCAGUGUGUGCUUUGAGUUGGCCAUUUCAGUUAAGAGAUAUAAGAUCAUUAUUCAUCUGGGCUGUGUGUGUAUAUACAAAGAUUGUUACAGUACUUCUGUCUGUACUUAUUUUUUCCAAAUAGAAAAUGUAUAUGGAAUGUGAGAAAUGGUAUUCUCUAUGAAAUACGGUGUGACUACCUUUCAAAAAGUUGGUCAGUAUUAAGAUCUGACUUCCAAUCCAAGUUGUGGAAGGCACUAGUAAUACCAGUAUGAACAGGGACUCAGGUGUCCCUGGGUGUGGGAUUUACCAUCCUUUUCCUGACAUAGCUACCCCAUCUCCUUUCCCAUCCUGGAUAGUUAGGCGGGCUCAGAUGUAGCCUUCCUGGAAGUGGCAUUUUCAGCACUGCUUGGGGAGUUCUGCCAGUGAUCUGUACCUUGAGAGAGACUAAGGACACAGAUAGACUGAGGCUUGAGUCUGUCCCCAUAGGAAGCAGCAGAUUCUUCUCUCUGCACCACAGGCCCAGAAAGCACCCGACUAUACCUAGGAUUUCUGUGUUCAGCAAGAGACUGUCAGAAAAUCAGCUACUGGCUUAGCAGGUAGAGGAGCUUGUCACCAAGCCUGACAUCCUAACUUCAGUCACACUGCCCAGCCAGUGGAGAGAACAGACUCUCAAUGUCCUCUGACCUCCACAUGAUGGCGUGCACACUGCACAAUACACCAAACAAACAAAUGUAAUAAGAUAAAACUACCCUUGUGAAAAAGUUAGCACAGCUCUGCCCUCGAUGAUAUUGGUCUUUAUUGCUUGUCAUUACAAAUGUUCUAAAACCUAAGAAGUGUAACUUACAUUAUAGAUUUGAAGAACAUUAAUUACGUUGUUAGAUAUGCUAACAGCUUUUAGGAAGUUGGAAAAUCUCAGAGAAGUCCUGUAUGAGCCAUGAGUAGUGCAACGUGUUUUGGGGAACACACUGAACCCCAAGAGUGGAAUAUAGCAGAGAUGAACUUUGCCGACUUGUCCUCCCCAUCUCUUCUUGCUUUACGAUACCCGCUUCCAGCUGUGAAGAUCAUUCAUCUCUCGAGAACCCUGUUUUAAAGUUGCUGAACUCAAUUUAAGAUUGGCAAGGGAAGAGACAUCUUAGCAGACUUGGCUGCAUUUACAUAACAGUCAAAAACCUCAAUUAUUUCCGCCUCAGUUUUCCUGUAGCCUGCAGCAGGGAAGUUAAAGAUCACGUGACAGUCAGGCCUGCUGUGCAGAUGAUCCAACAUGUGGCCGCGCUUUUUCUUUUUGUUUGAAGUGAAUAGAACCUCGUGGUUUGUUGUCUUCGUAACAGAAGUGGCUUAGAUUAAACUGGAUCGUUUGACCUUUCUCUUAUCACCCCCCAGUUCGUAUUACUCCGUCUCAUCCGUGCCAGGGAUCUCCCUGGUCCGCAGUAGGACUUGGCCACUCAAGCCCCAGCAGUCUUUGCAGCAGAAAAUCGGUGCUGCUGGCCCACUGUGGCCGUUCUGCCUCCUGUCAUGAUGCCUCUUUCCCUGGGCACGCAGAGAACCCUUGCCCUGCUCGCCACCUGGUGAGGCUGGUGCUUGCUGCUUUAUUGGAAGAAAGGCUGGAGAGUUGUAGGAAUGCUGGCCAUGCCUGCCAGAGUUCUACUAGCUAGACAAGGUCAGGCCAGAGGUGAAACUGUCAAGCUUUCUUUAAAGUUACCUUAAAUAGAGCCGUAAACACCACAUUUUGUAGCGGGAAAUUCAUCAAAUGAUUGUUUUUUUGCUAAUUAUGCCAGUCUGUUAGUUUGCCCAUAAUUUUUAUAGAAUUUAAAGGGGAGAAGAUAGGAUUUUGUUGAAUUAUUACUUUUCUAAAUUGUCCUAUUAAACAGAACCUUGCCUUUGAUGUUGUAACUCAUUUCCGUUUACCUACUUAUAAAUGUUUUCGUGUUCAAGAAGUGUUUUCCAAAACAUUUUAUCGGAUUGCUAAACAUACUAACAGCUUUAGGAAGAUUAGAAAAUCUCAGAGUUGAAUAUUUUCAAAUUGAAGUUCAAAAGGGCAGGCUGUUUUAAUUCUUGAUGCAGAAUAAUGGGUAUAUUAAGAUAAAAUUUGAAAAUUGGUCUUUUAAAUUUUCACUUGUCUCUGUAUGACUUGAACAUGGUACAUGGAGGAUAGACAGUUAUUCAGUGUUUGUGUCAUUUCUAUGAUGUCCUCAACAGAGUACCUAAGACAAGGGCCAGUAUCUUUGGGUCACAGUGUUACCCCAUAAUCUGCACAAGAAAUCCUCAGUUAAAUUUCUUUCACUUCGUGCAGCUUCCCACUGGAAUUUCCUAUUUAAAAUUUCUUUAUGAUGAUAAUUUGGGGGCUGGAAAAUGCCAUUUUAGAAAGAAAACUAGUUUUUUUUUCUAACAAGAGAGCUAGUUUUAUUGCAUUUCU